AAGAGGAGGAGGUAGAGUAUAGUGAUUUCACUUCACGACUAUUUAACUGACGUCACCGGUAGUCAACGAGAUGCCCGCUUCACCAGCUCCACGUCAGUUCGCUGCUAGUCUCCACACAGUCCACACCUCAACGCUGUCUGCUGUUCCGCUCGUCGACCACCUGGCUUCUGUUCACCGGCUUUCUCUUAGGAGUCAGCCUGGUAAGCCUUCACCCGCUACAGCAGGGUGUUAGCUGUAUGGUGAUUCCACAUAUAUGAUCUAAGGACGUAUAUGUUGGCUCUUGUGUUUCCUUCCCGUUUUCCGUUCUUUCUAGACGUGAGAUGUCGGAACGGGAAAAGGGCUCAGGAACGCCUCGGCGUCCCCCCUCACCUGCUUCGGGAGGGAAGCGACGUGAGAAGGACCUUCUAGAAGGCGAUGGCAAGCGGAGGAAGGCCUCCCGGGAUAGUUCCAGUACUCAACCACCUCCCGCCUGUCCGCAGUCAGCUGCGGGCCCGAGCCACAUCGGCGAUACAGCGGUGCCUCCUUCGAGUGAAGUAACUUUGGACAAGCUUUCUACCCUUUUGGGUGCUCUAAUUGAAAGAUUAGACCAGCCGGCAGUCCCUCCAGUGUCGGUGGAGACAAACUUCACCUUCCCCCAUUCUGAUGAUGAGGCAGCUGAAGCGCCUCGGUGUCUGCCCGAAGCUGAUCCCCUUGACGACCUCGAUCUGCUUACUGCCCCCGCUACACAGUCAACCGGUGAUUCGGUGGUUGAUGCGGAUUUCCAGAAAGCUCUCGAUGAGUUUGCUGGCCACUUCCGGGGUGAGGAAGAGACAGGUGACCCCUUAUCUGACCGCCUGGCUGGCAUUCUUAAUGCCAGUCUGAGACGUCGGCCCUCUUCUGACGGUGUGAAGCUUACAUGUGAUAAGAUCAAACUCCCGAGUAAUGUACCCAAUUUAAAGGUCCCAGCGACUAAUUCUGCCAUCACAAAGGCAAUGAGCGUCGGUGGAAAGCUAGUUGACACUCGGCUGUCACUUACUAAUAAACUGUUGACCAAGGCGUUGGUCCCCAUUGCCUGUUGCAUCAGUGAUAUUGGUGAUAAGAAAGACAAGCCUGUAAACUACUACCUUGAUGGUCUUAAUAACAGCCUGAGGCUACUGACUUCCGCUGUUAACUACAUCAAUCAGCUUCGGAAAGAGAUUGCUCGAACUCAUGUGAAUGAUUCUGCCUUGGCAGAGCUCUGCAAUUGGGAGUGUGAGGUCGGCAAGGAUGAUUUAUUCCCGUUCGAUGUGAUUAAGAAGUGUGAGGAAAUUCACAAAUCCAGGAAACUUGGGCGGCCCACCUUCCGCCCUUACAAAGCUCCUGGAAAACGAUUUGCUUCACCUCGCCAGUUACCCUCACGCCCUCACUCUCAGCAGCCGAGACCACGUCACCAAACAAGGUCUUUUUUAGGCCAGAGGCCUCCCCAGGGGAAGGGGAUGCCGAGACACAGAGCUCACCAGUGAAAGUACCUUUGGUCGGCGUCAGCCAGUAAGGCGGCCCUGCGGCUCCCUUUGUCGACAAUUAUCUCUACUAUUGGCUGGACCAGAGAAUCUACAUUCACGAAGUACUACAGGAAGCCCAUAAUUGAUGCUGGUGAAUUUUCCAGAACUGUACUCUCAUAACUUGUAGUUCUUCACGCGCAUUAUUGUUGUAAGCCGUGCUGUUGUUGUACUUGUUUGGGUUUGUUACUGAAUAUUGGGUAAUAAAAGGCUGUUCAUGCUUC